CACUCUUUUUGGUCUUCUGGGUGAAUUUCUAUACAGCCCUCCCCUGCUACUGCAUUAGAACCUGCGGUCCGCCAUCUUACCCCAGCUUCGGUGGACAUUUUGUUUUGGGUUUUUUUGCCUUCCAUUUAAGAUGGCGGCCGAGGGUUUCCAGUACCGUGCCCUCUAUGUGUUCACCAAGGACCAAGAAGAGGACUUGGAUCUGCUUCCUGGGGAUCUCCUGACAGUCAGCAAGGCCUCUUUGCUCUCCAUGGAGAACUACCAGGAGGGGUGUGUGGAGCAGCCUGAGCAUUUGGGCUGGCUCCUGGGUUACAACGAGCGAACCAAGCAGCGAGGGGACUUUCCAGGGACAUACGUUGAGUAUGUAGGGCCUGUUAAGAUGGUGCUCCCAUCAAGUCAACCAAGGUCCCAUCGACCCCUCCCUGCAGCCCCCAGAGCAGAUCUGUCUCAAGCUGUUUCUGUGCCGGACCUGAGCGAGCAGUUCACACCACCGGAGACGGCCCCCCCAGCUCUCGUCAGCCUGAUCCAGGAGAUAGAGAAGAGAGGUUUGGACUUUAAAACACUCUACAGGUCAGCCAGCACCUCAUCCCCAGACAGCCAGUUGUACAGCCUGUGUGCUGAGAGUGAGCUAUGUCAGAGCGACGUGGGUUUCCUGUCAGAGUGUGUCAUAAACUACCUAAAAGAUCUCCCAUCACCUGUCAUUCCUGCCUGUACCUACCCAGACCUACAGGCUGCAGUCACACUGCAACAGCAGAUGCUACAACAGUCGGCAGAUGGUGCUGUAGCAGGUAACUGGGGCAGAGAGGUGAGCCUGGUUCUGGAGAGUUCUACCUUUGUUCCUCUACACAACCGUCUCACCCUGCAGUACCUCCUUACACACCUGGCCAAGGUAUCCCAGGCGCAGGCACACAAUGGCCUUGACACACACACGCUGGGACAAAUCUUUGGACCACUGCUGAUUCAAACUGGCUCAUCUGUCCCUGGAUUGUCGAUGGAUGAGGAUUUUCCUGCCCUAGCACUGGAGAGGCUGCUUAUAGAGAGAACUGUAGAGCAUGACCUCAGUCCUCCAGCUCUCCCAGCCAAACCGGUGAAGUCAAAAACUAUGCCAUCCCCCAUAACAGAUCUGUGCAGCCUGCUGAAUGAUGCUGAGUGGUAUUGGGGGGAGAUCUCGAGAGAGGAGGUGAAUGAGAAGAUGCGAGACACUCCUGACGGAACCUUCUUGGUGCGAGAUGCCUCAAGUAAACUAGAGGGAGAGUACACCCUCACCCUCAGGAAAGGCGGGAAUAACAAACUGAUUAAGAUCUACCAUCGGGAGGGGAGCUAUGGCUUCUCAGAGCCUCUUACCUUUCUGUCUGUCGUGGAACUCAUCAAUCAUUACCGUCAUGAAUCCCUCGCCCAGUACAAUGCUAAGCUGGACACCAAACUUCUCUUCCCCAUCUCCAAAUACCAACAGCUGGUGAAGGAGAAUAGUAUAGAGGAGGUCGGAGAGCAGCUGAAGGUCUACCAUGAGCAGUACCAGGAGAAGAGUCGCGAGUAUGACUGCCUGUACGAGGAGUACACACGCACCUCACAGGAGCUGCAGAUGAAGCGCACGGCCAUUGAGGCCUUCAGUGAGACCAUCAAGAUCUUUGAGGAGCAGUGUGAGACUCAGGAGCGUUACAGUAGGGAGUCACUGGAGAGGUUCCAACGAGAAGGCAACGAGAAGGAGAUCCAAAAGAUCCAGAGUAACUCCGAGCGUCUGAAGUCUCGGGUGACGGAAAUCCAUGACAGCAAGCGUAAGCUGGAGCAGGAUCUGAGGCAGCAGGUGUCUGAUAACCGAGAGAUUGACAAGAAGAUGAACAGCCUCAAGCCCGAUCUCAUGCAACUCCGCAAGAUUCGAGACCAGUACCUAAUAUGGUUGACACAAAAGGGGACAAAGCAGAAGAAGAUCAAUGAAUGGCUCGGCAUUAAGAAUGACGCUGAUGACUCAUACUCGCUGGUGGAGGAAGAUGAGGGCUCACCUCACCAUGAUGAGUGCACCUGGUAUGUAGGCGACAUCAAACGCACCCAAGCUGAGGAGAUGCUCAGAGGCAAAUGUGACGGGACCUUCCUCAUACGUGAAAGCCAAUCACAGAAGGGCUCCUUUGCCUGUUCUGUAGUUGUGGAGGGUGACACGAAACAUUGUGUUAUCUACAAGACGUCCACAGGUUAUGGAUUUGCCGAGCCCUACAACCUAUACUCCUCCCUCAAAGACCUGGUCCUCCACUACAAAAACGUCUCCUUGGUCCAACACAACGACCAGCUGAAUGUAAACCUAGCCUACCCAGUUCUGGCAACCUCCCAGAAUCAGAACCAGCACCCAAUAUGAACGAGCAACCAGCAGUAUACGACCCCCAAACAGGGUGGGAAAAUAACUUUUUCGCUUGUUAGCAAUUUAUAA